AUCUUUCUACACUGGCCGAAGCCGACGCCCAGUGUUUUAAGCUGUAGUGUUUUCGUUUUCCAUUUGCGGUACACCCAACGCGAGCCUCAAUGAAUGACGCUUUCGAUUAUUACUAUCAACAUUUGUACCUUUUAAGUGCCGCAAUUAUUUACUUUAACGUGAACUAUAGCUAGCAAGUUUUGUGAUACUAUUGGUGAAAAUGUGUUCAACAUUGACUUGAAGAUAGCGGCCUGCGUGGCAGUAUUAUCGAGUGAAACAAAGCGCGUGCCCUUUUCGCGCAAGUGUAGAACAAUUUUAGCUUAGUUCAAUGUGUAUUAGACAAGCGCCGAGCAAGGUUUAAUUGCUUUUUGGCGAUACACAAGUGUGCAAUAAAACAAGAAACAAAUCAAAACAAAACUCGCCGCUCAGCACGACGCGCGACACCAUUCAUAUGCUGAAUUGAUGUGCAUCCUUUCUGAAUAGUGCCUGUUGUGUAAUAUGUGUAUGUUUAGUGGUGCGCUAAAAUCUUAAAACAUCUCAAAUAAUUGGUUUAGAGCGAGAGAGUGAAAUAGCAAAUCGAGCAUAACUUCUACCGGUAGAAAGGCAAAAUGUAAUAAAAAGCAUCGAUCGAUCGAAUAAUGGCAAGCAGGGAAGCUAAUAAUACUCAGUGUUGCGCUCACUAAGGCUCUCUAUCUUUCACACCCAUCCUUUCAGUGUGCGAUCCGAGCUAAUACCGUUUUGAUACAUAUAUCUGUGUGCUCGUGUGUGUUUUGUGUGCUCUCGUGUGCGUGUGAUACAAUAAUAUCGGUGAACAAGAAAAAAAAGAAUAAAUAGAUAAAAGCAAUCGGAUCAAUCUAUCCGGAGCGUAAUUGUAUUUGACAAGUAUUGAGUGUGAUUCGAUCGUUUUUUUUUUAACAACAACGGAAAAUCCCGUCGAAGCUCGGAAAAGUGCUCGAAAGGAAAAGAGAGCUGUGGCUGUGGUUUCCCUUUUCAUCUCACCGCGGUCUGCCUCUCUGUGUGCUAUCUGUUGUGUGCCUUUUGAAAAAGCAAAGAAUGAAGUGUGCUUAGAAGCUUGAAGGGUUGGGGAUUCAGGCGGGUUGUGGCCCCCACCCCCCUAGCAACCGAAUCCUUCUCCGGCCCGACGUACCAGGCUCGCGUGUAUACAUGUGUGUGCGUGUGUUUUGUAUGGUGUGAUAUUGUUGAUGUUGUUGUUUUUUUUGCAAAGGUAGUAGUGUACGCCAAUAGCCAAAAUUCAUCAUACAGAAAUAAAUCAUAAUCACUACUUACUGGCAUUUUGGUGUUCAGUGUGCGUGUGUGUGUGUGUAUUUGUGCGCGCUCUGCCUGCCUAACGCGUCCUGUUACUAAACAAGUGUGUUUCACCGCCAUCACCGCCAUCGUCAUUUGUGUCGUGUGGAUGUACUCCUAACGAUCGACGUCAUUAGUGUCAGUGAUAGUGUACUGUUCGCGUGGGUUCGAGGUCCCCGCAUCCUUGUGAAGCGAGUGAAGCUAAAAAGAAACGUCGCAAACAGAAAAGAAACCCCACUCGCACCAUUUAAACUGACUUUCUCUUCUGUACUUCUUUCUAUUCCCGCCUUUCGGUCAACGUGUCCCGCUCGUCUCUUGCGUCCCCCCGCUGAAUGGUGUGCUGCAACGCUGUUCGCAUUUCCGGCGGGCUGCUGCUGCUGCACGGUGACGACAUUCCGUUGACGCAACGACGAUGAACAAUAUCUUGACGCCGGUGGUGCCGUCCCGUCGUCAACACCAUUGACCCGUCAAAACAAAUCGCGAACGCACCCCGCGCGGUCGGUCGGUGGGUGAUCGCGUCGGAAAAUGUAUCGGUAAAAUACGCACAACACCGCGUGUGCGACACUUGGUGUCUUCCCUGCGUGUCACUGUGCACGCGCGCGCCCGCUCUGCGUAUCUUCCGCGUUGACAUUGAAAACCGAACAACAAUUCGACCAACCAAACUCCAACAAACUGAAAACCGCCACCAACAAUGGCAACGGCAGCGAAACAGUCGUCGUCCGGGAGUUCGCCCUCCAGCACCGUGCGAACGUUCGUCGAGGGACAGGAGGAUUUGGAUGCGAUCGCGAAACAAAUCUCCGACCACGCCGAAGCGAUCUACCAGACGUGGAAAGCGCGCGGCCUUGCACCGACCGAGAUACUGAACUGUCACACCGGCGACGGUGCGGAGCAUGCCUUCAGCCAGGCGCUGAACCCGGCCAACUCGCCGACUGUCGGGCAUCAUCCCGGGGGCACCCCAGCAACCGGUCCGGGGAGUCCGGGAGCAUCGGCAGCGUUACCGGGUGGUGCAUCCUCACCCAGCGCCUCGAACGCUACUAGUGGUGUAGCGGAACUGCUGGCCAAAGCGCCAAACCUUUCGAACAACAGUCUCGAGCAGCUGGUUAGCUCGUUCGUGAGUGAAGACAAGGCACGCAUCGCGGCCCAGCGUCAACAGCAGCAGCAGCGUGUCGGUGUCCGUACGCCAACGACCGGCACCAGUUCCGCGAUCAAAAGUGUGCUGCAAAAGUUUGAACGAAAUGGUGCCAUCGGUGGUGGUGAGGAACCAGUGAGCAGUAGCGGUGGUGUGUCCGACUUGGGCCGACCGAGCUACCUGCGUACCAGUGGUGCCAGUGGCUCUGUCAGCAAAGCCACCGGCCAUUUGGGUGUUAGUAGUGGUAACAACAAUAACAACAACUUCAGCACGCUCAACAAGAACAACGUGCCGGACGUGCUGAAGGAUACGAUCGUCGAGUCGAAGCCGAGCGGCGGCGGCGGGACCGCAGUGCGCGAAAAACCGCAAACCCCAGUGAAACCGGAGCACCUGCUCAACCAUGUGCCGAGCUGGCCGCUAAAGAAUCGUGUCGUUAAAACCGGCGGCGGCGGCGUCGGCUCGAAAGCGGCGCCCGGUGGCGGUGUGACCCACAGCACGCCCGGCACCGCCACCCCUUUCGCCAAGAACGCGGCGGAGCUGAUGGAUGAGGUGUCCCGGGAGGAGGAACGGCUUAUAAACGCGCUGAAAACCGGCACCGUGCUGAACAGCAGUGACAGCAUCCUGCCAGAAGUGAUCACCUCGACCCUGCCCGACCGGGACGUGCCAGACUACGGUUCGGUGGUGGACCACCAGCAUCAACGUGCGGGCUAUAGCGCGCAACAGCCCGCUGCAACCAUGGUGACCGCGGCGUCGGCGGCCAACGGGGGCGGCCCGAUCGUGGCCGCCACCAACGGCGGUACGCCCGCCCUGAACGGCAACGGUACGACGAACGGCACGACGAACGGUACGAACGGCCACAGCGAUACGCCGAGCGUAAAGCACUGGAACGGUGUGCCGAUGAAGCCGAACCACAUACCGAUCCUGAACAUACACCAGAUCCGCGAGCAGGAAAAGCUGUCGAUGAACUUUACGCGCAAUGUCGCGACGACCCGGCUGCCGAAGGACUUUGGCCGGUCGGCGGCCGAUGACAAGGACAAGAACAUGCAGCCGAAAACGAUACCGAGCCCGAUCCGGCCGUUCCUGUCGCGCGGUUCGGUCGCCGAGCGGGUGCUGAUCUUUGAAAAGUGCCCGGAAAAGGCACCGCCCCGGGAGCGGGCGAAGGAACCGGUCAAGCUGCAGUCAAAACCUGUCAACCGGCUGAUUCCACCAAACAUCCACACAACGCUGCAGCGACAUUUGAAAAACUCGACCAAAGCCCCCUACAUCCCGCAAUUCCAUUUCCCCAAUGGCAAACCGCCGCCAACGAUCACGACGGAAACUACAAUGCAGCGAUUGGAGCAGGUUUUCGACAAGCUGCCAAACUACGAGUGCACGCGGGACAACUUCCAGGUGAUCGUACAGAUGUGCCAGGUGCCACAGUACUGGCGCCUGCCGCUGUUCAUGUGCACGCAGCUCACCCCGAACGGUGCCGUUGAUGGUGACAAAUUCCUGCACUUCUGGCGACAAAUGACAUCAUUCUGCCACGAUGCGGCAUCCCGGUUUGUCUUCAUAAUGUCCCGGGGGGAUCGCACGCGACCGUACAUUUUGCCGGAGGACUUUGCCCCACUGAUACAGGAUGUCGUCGAUACGCACCCGGGGCUGGCAUUCCUGAAGGAGGCAGCAGAGUUUCACUCCCGCUACGUGCACACCGUGAUAGCGCGCAUCUUCUACAACGUGAACCGCAGCUGGACGGGCAAGAUCACGACCACUGAGCUGCGCAAAUCGAACCUGCUGGACGUGAUUCAGUUGCUGGAGGAGGAGGAGGACAUCAAUCAAAUCAUGGCGUAUUUCAGCUACGAGCACUUUUACGUCAUCUAUUGCAAAUUUUGGGAGCUGGAUCGCGAUCAUGAUCUCUACAUUGACCAGCAGGAUCUGGCCCGACAUAAUGAUCACGCACUGUCAUCGCGGAUGAUCGAGAGAAUUUUCUCUGGUUGCGUUACGCGAAGUCCGCGGCGAGGAAACAACAAUCCGAUGAUACAGGGUCCGAACGGUCCGAAAAUGUCGUACACCGAUUUCGUGUGGUUCCUGUUGGCGGAAGAGGAUAAGUCACACCCGACUGCCAUCGAGUAUUGGUUCCGCUGUAUGGAUGUGGACGGUGACGGUGUCCUCUCGAUGUACGAGCUGGAGUACUUCUACGAGGAGCAGCAGCAUCGCAUGGAAUCGCUCGGUAUCGAAACCCUACCCUUUGAAGACUGCCUGUGUCAGAUGCUUGAUAUGAUAAAACCAGCAACUCCUGGCUGUGUAACGUUGGCCGACCUAAAGCGAUGCAAAAUGACGCCCAUUUUCUUCGACACGUUCUUCAAUCUGGAGAAGUAUAUGGAGCACGAGCAGCGUGAUCCAUUUGCACAGCGCGAAAACGACGAUCUUACUGACUGGGAUCGAUACGCUGCGCAGGAGUAUGAACUGUUGGUGGCUGAGGAAGGAGGAGAUACGCAAGGCAGUCAUUGCUACAUCUUUGGCCAGCCAGUGCUGUCGACCAUGGCGGGCGGCACUGCUAGAAUGCGGCUGCCCGUGCCAUCCUUGUUGCAGCCGGGUGUCACCGGCACUGGUGGUAUCAGGCGCAGUACGACGACCUCUGCGGUUAGUAGUACCACCGUGCAUUGCACGUCCGUGUCGGCUACGACCGUACACCAUUCGCGCUCGACGGCUCAACGCGGCGGCAGUUGCAAGGCCACCAGCACCGCUUCAAGCUCUACCAGCGGCAGCGGCGGCGGCGGCGGCAGUUCCAGCAGCGGCACGUCGCAUGCAAACAACAGCGAUCGCAAAGUGCACGGUGCACCGGAAGAGUCAACCGGUGCUGCAUCACAAACAUCGAUGCACUCGAGCCGCAAAAUGAUGGCACUCGACAGUGAUCCUAAUACAUUUUAUAGCGCAUUUCUGGUUUCUUAUGAUGAGGACGAAGACUACGAGCCAAACAUUGAUAUUCUUGAGUCCCAAUUGGACGAUUGCAUACUGAACGAGUGGUGAGAAACGGUAAAAAUAGAGUCGGCCGAGGACUUCGAGCGGGCCGAGCGGGCUAUUCAGGAACAAUUAAAUCGACUCUAGGAAAAAAAAAAACAAACGCAAAAAAUACAUACACAAAUCGGAAACAGUGUAUGUGAUUGCACUUGCCGGUUUGCCGUAUUUGCUACAGAGCACCGAUGAAUUUCAACCGACGCAGCAGUCGAUCCACAUUCAAACGUAUGCAAGAAAUCUAAUAAAAUCCAAACAACACAACGUGAUAAAGAGUAAGAGAGAAAAGAACGUCGAAGGGGAUUGGAUACACUACAAAGCAUCACUCAGCACUACCACCACUACUAGCGGAUGGACAACAACAUCUUCAUCAGUGUAACAACCGGCUAGUGCUAAUGCUACAACUGCUACUACUCUUACUACUACUGCUGCUGCUGCUACUAUUACUACUAUUACUACUAUUACUACUACAAAUACUAUCAUUGUUGGCAAUAUUAACUGGCACUGUAAAUGCAAUUGGCUAUUACCAGUAACUUAAAACUCAAAUUGUCCUCAUCUAUUGUUUUUAUCAAUUUUUCGAAAACUCAACUUCAACAAGCAAUGUGUUUUAAUGUUUGUAUUAAAGAUAUAUGCAAGCGUCAUAAAUUCUGUUCCGCAACAGCUCAUGUUCCGUGCAUUAGGUGUACACGCAACAACAUCAAAAAAGGAUCAAACACUUAAUAGAAUGCUGUUGUAUGCCAGAGGAAAAAUAAUCGUUCUAGCUCAACAGAAAGGAUACACGAACGUUUGGUGUGAUUAAAAUUCAUAGUUACCACAACAACAAAAACAAAAACCUAACUCACACUAUACAGCAGUAACCCCUCGUAAUAGAUUUGUAUGCUUUCUCAUACGCUCGUUGCAGGUGUUUCCUCUUUGUUUGACAAAAAUUAAAACCACUAGCGCAUAUCAUACCUCUCCAGCAAUUGUGCAUUGUUAUCAAUCUGUUGUACAUUUUGGCUCAUUUUAUAGGUUUCACGAGCAGCGAGCGUAUCAUACCGGCAUGCACAGACGUACCCAUCUUCAAUUGCUAGGGCCAGAAAAUAUUGUCUAAAUCUAAAGUAGAGCGAUCAAAAUUCUGCUCAGUGAACCAGUGAAGGGUAGCAUUAAGGAAGUAAUGAGGCCAUCUCGUUUUUGGGUUCGCAUGUGUUCAACAAAUCAACCAUCAAUUAUUGCUUCUGGUUGCGAACCUUGGCUGGGUUUUAUAAGUGUAUUCUCAACAAUGUAUUCAACAUCAUGUGUAGUUAGUUUGAAUAGUUCGAGAAAAUUCGAUUAGUAUUUGGUAGGAGCAUUGGUUCCCGUUUGCAAUGCUAGUAAGAAUCGGACACGGGGACCGUGCACGACGUACAGCACCGUGCAUGAUUAGCGCAAACAUUCAUUUUCCCCGUGAGCAGUCCAUUAUUCUCGUAGUUGAUGGAGCGAAGGAUAAGCUUAUCCUUCCGGAUUUUUAUUUUAUUUUUUUGUAUAAGCUUUACAACGGUGCCAAAAUAAUUGUUUCGUUACGUUUUAGCGUUAUGUAUUAGAUGUUACUCCUCGAAAGAAAGUGCGGGGAAGAUUAUAUGUAUCACGACCUUUUAUUAAGAUAUGUUCUAGUGUCCCUCUAUCUCUCUAACACAAACCCCCAGCUAGAUAAGCUUAGUUGAGAUAAGAAUCGCGAUAAAAGAUGAAUUAGAUAUCAGGUACAGUGGCUUUAGAGUUGAAAUCCGUCCUUGGCACCAGCACGAUUACGCAAAGGAUUGUUUGGCAAGCGUAGCAGUCGUAUCAAGAGGGCUAGGGUUGUCAGAUGGAGUAUGGUUCACCGUAAGCUUGAUGCUUUUCAUGAUUUAAUAUCGCCAUCCCUGCCAUGAUCGAUCCCUUCCUCUGCAAACGCCCAUCGUACGUUAAAACCGUCAUCCUGACUUCGUGCUACACUCAUGUUCACCAACGGGACUCACUGAACUCAACCGAUCGUUUACACGCGUUGCCACGAUCACCAUCAUUUUCAUCGAACCAGCCAGCUGUACAAAUCGGUAUCAUCUUAACGAGUUGACUAUCCAUUAUCAUAGCGAACGCGAGAAAAAUGUAGAGAGAGAUUUUCUGGAAGAGAGAAUAGUCGGAAACGCGUUCACGCGGACAGUUUCCAUUGGUUUGGAAGUUGGAAUAGAACUCAAUGCAAAAUUAUUUGUGAACAUUGUUUUUCCAUGAAUUGUUCCUUGCGGGAGCUACCUUGUGCUGUUCUGUUUCUGUAAAAAUUUCAUACGCUCCAUUGUCACCAUUAUGACCACAGGACACUAAAAAGAGAAUUGUUUAAAUUGUCCCUAGGAAAAACAGCGAUGACAGUGACGACAGUGACAGCGAAAAGAUCAGCCUCAGGAUAAGUUGGCGCGAGCGGUAUAUACGCAAGCGUCGCAAUAAGAAGAAGCGCCGAUAGACGUUAAGCGCAUCUCGAUUGUUUCAUCCGUGAUCACUACGCAUAUCCUACGCGACGUUCCUAUCCUACCCUAUUCCCUAUUGAUCGUGGAUCCUUCCCUUUUGUUUUCUUCCCGCUGUAUCCCAAUGACGUCUAUCGUGUGUUGUUGCCAUGUGUAGUAAUUGUAGGACUGCAACGGAGUGGUAAACGAACCCAUAAGUCGUUAGGCGACCCAUACCGAUGAGCCUGGCAGAUUAGUUCUAUAAUCAAAACAUACUAAUUGUUUCGCGGAACAGGCGUACGACAUGUUUUUAGAAUCAGUGUUAAUCGUUCAAUAUAUUGAUUGCAAUUUGCUUACUACGACCGGUAAAAGGUAAUGACACAAAGCUACUGAUGUGACGCGUACAGAGAAAAAGAGGAAUCUGACUGAGAGAAAGCGAUAGAGGGAGUAAAAUCCGAUUGGUUGGUAUUUUAUGAAACCUAAGGUAGAGUUUUGGUAGGUGGAACUGUAACUGCGCAUUGUGUGCAUCCUCUUGGAAAUUGUAAUUUAAUCGAAUACUAGAGGAAUUGUAUGUAAAUAGAUUUGACAAAACGACGCAGCAAAAUAGUGAACAAAACUCAAACGAGGAUCAACACAGCUAAAAUGGAGCGAAAUAAAAAACAAACAAACAAGUACGAAUGUAUCGAUGGAUCAAACUCUCAUCAGACGUAUACAUAGAAGCUCGAAAUCGGAAUUCAGCAAAGGAAGCAAAACAAAGCGCAUAUCUAGUAUGUAAUUAACCUGUGUAACCUCCUAUCUAGUCCAGAUAUAUUCGUGCUAAAUUUUAAACCGCUAACUCUGACCAUAUAUAUAUACAUAUUCGUACGUGUGCUGAAUAUUCUUAAAACAAACUCUUUGCGUCGUUCGGAUCGUGUGGUCUGGUACGAUCAGGUCCACCUAAGUAAUCCUCUUUUGCCAAGUAGCAUCGGAUAAUUAAUCGGUAAAACGUGAGCCAUAUUCGUGUAGCUUAGCAUGUUUAAUCGUUGGUCAAUCGUCCAGACUAUAAUCCAUGUUUGGUUCCAUUGCGGUCAAACUGAAUCGAUUAUUAGACGUGGACAUCGUCGUGUGUCACUGUUAAGUUUUGUUUGCAUACGUUGCGCAUUGCGUUACAUUGUUUUGUCGAUCAGAGGAUUGUUUUAAGCGCACUAUUUGGUUGCAACUGUCCUAUGAUUGGCGUGCAGAGCUUACCUUUCAUUAGGUGUGAGUGUGUCUUUAGCACCCAUGAACUAUUGUACAGGUUUUAAGACGUUAGUUUGCAGCGAACAGCACUCCCAAACAGGAAAGGCUUAUUGCGGUAACUGAACAAUGUAACCGCGAGAUAUAUGUGCUGAUACAUGACUUAUAACAACCCGAUUUUCUCUGUCUUAUCAAACUCAAUACUCAGAAUGGUGAUCGUAGGCAAGAAUUAGAGUGCUGGUGGAGUCGUAUUGUGAAAGUAUAGUAAGUGAUCGCAGCUAAACAUGACACCAUAUUUUACAACCACUGUGCGUCAAUGAAAAAAGGGAAUCUGGUUUGAGAGACAAGAGAAAAAAGCGAAACAACCAAACUCCAGAAUUGCUUGGAAAGCGGACUUGAAGCUCCCAAGAUGAAAAUGUUAUACACGGAAAUGAUAACACACGGAUUCGUUCGCUGGAAUUGUGAGAAGAAAACAUUGUCGCACCUGUAGUAAGUUGAAAAAAGAGAAGAAAAACAAAAGCCCCGUGUAGGAAAGGAAUACAACCAGCGGAAUAGAAAGAACUGAUCAUUAUUUAGAUUUUGUGAAUAACCCCCUACAAUGUACUCGUAGCAAACAGCUGCUAAGGUGUGUGCAAAGCGAAUUACCAGAAAUGAAACCAGAUUAGGGUCAUAGGUCAAAUGUCAAAAUGAAAUGAACAUGAACAACUUCUAGGGUAGUAUCACUUUAACGCUAAACUAAAAGGGAUCUUUCCUCUCUGGACGGAAGAGAUCUGCUUGCCAUCAUACGAGAAAAAAAAAAACACAUGACGGCUAAUAUGUAAGCGUUUAGUAUUUUAGUAGAGUAACGUAUAAGUUAUGUCUCUUUAUGGUUUUUUGUUUGUUUUAUUUUUGUUUUUAAAUGCAGGGCGCAUUGGAGCUAGAACCCACGAGAAAUGAUCUUAGUGUAGUAGCAGCGGAAGUAGUAGUAAGAUGAUGAACAAGAAGCAAAGUGCAGCAAACACGGUUUUGUAAUGUCGUACGGCAAUCGUACCGAAAGAUUGAAUUUCAAACCAAUCGUCCAUUUGUUUGGACGGUUCACAGAUUUAGUUUAUUUGUUUGUUUGUUUUAUUUUUUUUAUUUAAAAACAAAACUAAUUUCUAUUGUUUGUUUGCAUAUAGAUUUUGUUUAUUUAGUUGUCUUGUAUUAUUUAUAAACAGUCCCAACAAUUACCAACACAUCCCCUCUUCCCUUUAUACUUAAAAAAUGAGUAGAUGUACAUGAACAGACGUAAUAAUAAAAUUGAAGAAAAAAAAACACAACAAACCAUGUCACAACGUAAAUGACAUACAUUUUCUGUAGCAACUUGCAAACAGAGCUGUAAACAGAGACGAUAACAACUGAGGGAAUUUGAUAAAAAAAAACCGAUCUGUGUAAAAUUGAUCGAUAAAUUAUUAAAAUAUUUAAAACACGAAAA